UGUUGUGUUUGCGAUGGGAAUAGUAUUGAUGUGAACACGAGUUCGGGUUCAGUGAGGGGUCAGACACUCCAUGUCUUGAAUCGCAAAAUACAUCAAUUCUUGAAUAUACCCUACGCUGAGCCACCUUUAGGCCCACUCAGGUUCGCCCCUCCACUACCUCUCAAAGCACCCAAACAGGGUAUAAUAGACGGCACAAAAUCUGGUAACGAUUGCAUUCAAAAGAUACCAAAGUUUGGUGUUUUGACGGGAAAUGAAAUGAUAAGUGAAGACUGUUUGGUAUUGAAUAUAUGGACACCAAAUGUGGACAAUAAUGAUGAUAAUCACCAGAAAGUGGGUCUUAAACCAGUAAUGUUUUGGAUAUAUGGCGGAGCAUUGAGUACGGGAUCAAUAUUUAUGGACAAAUUUAAUGGCAGUGUUUUGUCAACCAAUGAUGUGGUUGUGGUUACCGUUAACUAUAGGGUCGGGCCGUUGGGGUUCCUCUACGGCGGCGAUGAGACAGCGCCCGGAAAUGCGGGCUUUUAUGACCAGUUAUUGGCUCUCAAAUGGGUAAGAGAAAACAUACAUCUAUUCGGCGGAGAUAGGGAUCAGAUGACCAUUUUUGGUGAGAGCGCCGGGAGUUGGUCGGUGUCCGCACACAUACUCUCCCCGCUAUCCAAAGGCCUAUUCAAGAGGGCUAUUAUGCAAAGCGGGUCUCUUAUGUACAACAGAGACCGUCCGGCGCUCAGUACUAUUGAGGGCCUUCAAAGGGCCAAACAUUUGGCCCGAAGUUUGAAUUGCGAUGAAUUUGACUACAAAUGGUUGGACUGUUUGCGCGCAAUAGACGACCCGAACCUGUUUAUAGAGACGCCCGAAAACGGGAAUAUUAUUAUUAUGACACACGCGGUGUUUGGCACACAAUUUCUAUCCGUUUUACCUCAAAAAUUAAUAUUCAAAACAGACAUUGAAGUGAUGGCCGGUGUUGUCAAAGACGAGGGCCCACUACUGACUCACGGCUUAUUUCCAGAAAUGCGGUCCGAAAUGACUGCACAACUGUUUUAUAAAGUGGUCCGCGAUUUGAGCCGCGAAUACCAUAACAUAGAUGUGAACGAAGUGUGCGAUUAUUACCUCAAAGGUGUCCACAAAACCAAUUCAUCGCAACUGAAGGCAGCGUUUAAUGAAUUAUACGGCGAUUUAGUGAUCACUUGUCCCACAUAUUACUUCGCAAAGAGAUUGGCCACAAGUGGACGAAAACAAAGAUCUAAUGUUGCCGUAUGUAAGGGAGGGCUCGUCUGUCACGGCGCGGAUGUGGAUUUUGUUUUCGGUUAUCCCUUAAGAAAUCCGACACUUUUUACGGAAACUGAUUAUGACUUCAGUAUAGAUGUGAUGAAAAUGUGGACCAAUUUUGCAAAGACUGGCAAAGCACAUGACGUUUGGCCACAACUUUGGGACAAAUCUGUGAUUCGAGUGAAAGACUUGAAUCCCAACGAUAUCAAAGCACAUGACGUUUGGCCACAACUUUGGGACAAAUCUGUGGUUCGAGUGAAAGACUUGAAUCCCAACGAUAUGUCACUUAUUCUCGACAAUCCAUACGAGAGUACAUGUGAUGGCAUUUGGAAACACUAUUUUUAAUAAUUAUUUAACAU